AAUAAAACAGUUGAUUUAAGCAACUGACUUCCAUUGAAUUUUCUUUUCCUACUAUGGAAGUCAAUGGCUACCGUCAACUGUUCGAUUACCAACAUUCUUUAAAAGAUCUUAUUUUGUGUUAAACAAGAAACUCAUACAGGUUUGGAAUAACAUGAGGGUGAGUAAAUGAUGACAAUUUUAAUUUUUUGAUUUUUUUCCACAUUAACAAUAAUAAUAAAAAGACUAUACACAGGGGUGCACACAACUUUUUUUGGUCUGGUUCUCAAGGGAGCACCUGGAGAUUUUGCUUGGUACUCACACUUUAUGCAACACACUUAUCCUAAAAUUCCUCCUGACUGCUCUCCUCACUAUCUUCUUUUCUCUCAAACAUUGUAGAUGAUGAUAAUGAUUUUUUUUUAAUUAUUAUUAUUUUAUUUUACUAACAUUAAUGACAGACAACAGCAAGAAUAUUGGCUGCUGUCACUUUAAGAAGGAAAGCACGGACUAAAUAACUGACACACAUCCGUUUUUUUUUCUCAACUGUUCACUUAUGACAUAACCGAGAGAAUACUUACCGAGACAGGUAUUUUGACAUAAUUGUGGGUGUAUGUGUCCGUUCAAGCAAAAGUAAACGCUGUCUGUCUGACUGUCUCUCUCUCUCUGUGUGCGCGUUUCGGGGGUGUGAGGCUGUGCGCACAGAUAACAGCUCGCGAGUCCCGAUUUUCGCCUCUUUUUCCGCUUUUAAAAUCGUUUGAAUGUUAAUUAGCGAGACAAAACACAUCCAAAUGAUAAACUUUCACUCUAUGAUGGUUAAAUUUAGCAGUUAAUCCGCGAAUCACAUGCGUGCCGAACCAUUGGACCUUAUCCGUACGGAUCACGGAUUAACUGCGAUCCGUUGCACACCUAAUUAAAGAACACACUUAUCAUCAUGAUUGCUAUCUUACCAGAGAUGGAGAAAAAUCCUACUCCAGUAAGUAAACGUGUUCCUGUGAACCGGUCCUCAAAAAUGUUGGUUCUCAAAAGCGCUUCCUUCCAUGUUUCCUGGUGUGUAUCGUUUAUUUUUACCGCGCAUGCGCACCUGUGUACCACUUAUGUGCACCCCUGACUAUACUCAAGUCAAUCAAGUAAUGAACAAGGAAAUAACAGAAUUGAUGCAAACUUCAUCAAAUAUAAGACAAAUUCUGCUGUAAAAAAGACAAUAGUGUCAUUAUUCAGCUGAAGUCAGUUCAGUGUUCAUUUCAAAAACUAAAGUUCAUCAAUUAUGAAACAAAUUCAAUUUCGCUAUAAGCAGAUCUAAGGCAAGUGUCAUUAUUUGGCGCAGUUCAAUGUUGAUUCAAUUCACUUCAGUAACGGGUUGUAUGUAACAAAUUUCGUCAAUAAUGAAACUAAUGUGAUUUAGCUAUAAAGCAGCUCUAUUGAAGACAAUAGUUUUACCAUCCAGCUAAAUUCAGUUCAAGUUUUGUUCUCAUCCGAUAGUGUCAGUGCAGUCAAAUCGAUAAAAAAAACCCUGAAUAUUAAGUGUCUUACACCAAUAUAAAGUUACUUUAAAAAUGUCAAUCAUAUGAUACUCUCUUUAAAUGUGCACAUAGUUGCUGCAGGGUUUUUGUCUCUCUCAGUCUCACAUACCAAGGCUGUUAAAUUACUCAAACAUGUUGGAGAGAAAUCAGUGCCUGCAGGGGGGACGCUUGCCUGUCUGUUUGCUGGGACAUGUGACUCUCACUGACAGCAAACCUUUUCUGGGCGGCCCUUCAAAGAGUUGGGUAUUUAAAGCACAAAGUUGGACGAGGCAUCCUGACUGAGCACCUCGGCAAAGACCUGGACCCCAGCUCUGAGUGCAGAGAUGACAGAUUCGAGCUUGCGUAUCAGUGGGGGAGCCGUCAGAUUUGGAGCCACCUAUGGAGGCAACCGUCUGUUCUCCUCCGGAGCUAGGGGUGGUGGAGGUGUUAGUGUGGCUCUGUCCCGUUCGCUCGGCUUGGCGAGGGGGGGUGGAGCAGGAGCCGGUUUUGGCCUGGGAGGAGGUCUGGGUGUAGGUUUUGGGGCUGGAGCUGGUGCAGGAGCAGGACUGGGCGCUCUUGCUUUUGGGGGCGGCCUCGGCUUGGGUGCCGGCGGAGCCAGGGCAGCGGGGAUCAGGGCUGGUGUGGCUCCUCUGAGAGCCCGUCUGGGAGGCAGAGUCUUCAAAAUCGGAGGCUAUGGUUUCAACCCAUCCUUCAUCAGCUCUUCCACUACGGUAGACACAGGUGCCGGUCCAAUGCCCAGCAUCGAUCCAACACUCCCAUCGCCGGACACAGUGCAGGUCACACGCCUGAAAGAGAAGGAGGAGCUGCAGGCCCUCAAUGAUAAAUUUGCAUCUUUCAUUGAUAAGGCCCGGUCUCUGGAGCAGCAAAACGCAGUACUAAAAGCUAAGAUUUCUAUGUUUACUAACCCAGAGCAGGGCGGACCUGCCAGCACUUCCAUCCUUCUGACCUCUGCCAUCGGAACGUAUAAAUCCCAGAUUGACAGCCUCACCGCUACUAAAGAGGCCAUCAUUGCUGAGAUUGAGCACUAUAAAGGCAUUAUUGAGGAUGUUCAAGCCAGGUAUGAUGAGGAAACAGCUCAAACCAAAACUCUGGAGCUCGACUGGACUGCACUGAAAGAGGAAGUGGACAACCUCUACCUUUCCAUCUUUGAGUUGCAAACCAGCAUCAGUGGUUUGGAGGAUCAUAUUGCUCUGUCCAAGCAGGUGUAUGACGCUAAAGUGAAAGAGGUGCGAAACAUUGUGACUGGUGGUGUCAAGUCAGCAGUGUCUAUCUCAGUGGAUAACGCAGCCCAGGCACAGGAUCUGACCUCAGCGCUGACUGAAGUCAAAGCUCACUAUGAAGCCCUGGCUCAACGCAGCAAGCAGGACGCCCUCCUCUCAGUGCAGGACAGUCUCUCCAUGAUGUCUGUAUCCUCUCAGCCAAGUUCUCAGACACUCACUACAGCCAAAGAGGAGCUGCGAGUUUACAAACUACAGAUUGACUCUGUGCAGAGGGAGAUUGAGAGGCUCAAAUCUUUGAACUUGCAGCUGGAGUCUCAGGUGGAGGAAGCAGAGUGUCACUCCAACUCCCACACGGAGACGUACCAGGAUCAAGUUCUUACUCUCAAAUCUCAACUUGAUGACCUCAGAAAGCAAAUCACUCAUUACGGUCAAGAAUAUCAGGAGCUUCUCGCAAGCAAGAUGUCCCUGGAUGUUGAAAUCACAGCCUAUAAGAAACUCCUGGACAGUGAAGAGAACAGGUUGAAAUCUGGAGGUGGUGUUACCGUGCACAUGUCUAAGACUGUCGUCGGAGGAGGAGCAGCGGCUGGAGGAGGAGGAGGAGGUCUAGGUUUGGGUGCAGGAGGUGCCGGUCUGGGUCUCGGAGGUGGAUUUGGGCUGGGCGGAGGGCUAGGAGGAGGUCUUGGGGGUCUAGGCCUGGGACUCGGUGGAGGACUGGGCUUCGGAGCAGGUGCAGGAAGUUCCUUCGGUGCAGGAAGCAGUUACAUGUCCUCCAGCCUGAGCAGCAGUGCCUUGUCGUCCACUGUUUACUGAAGAUUCAGAACCUCCACUCAUCAAGCCACAACCGAAUGCUGAGCUUCCACAUGUAGGGCACAGCGAGGAAGCCUACCAUCACACUUCAUGAAGAACGCCUUCCAAAAGUUCACACUUUUUGACCGCACCAUUACUUAUGUUUUACAUAACGGUGAAAGAUUAAUUCCCCAUCUGUAUGUUAAUUUUGGGUCCAAAUUUUGAAUUCAUUUGAACACCAGAUCAAAAUGUCUAUAUUGUUUUUGCAAGAUUUUGUUUAUUUUCAUGCAUCACUUCCUGCUACAAUAAAUAAAUAAAUAAACCCUGUCCUGGUUAUUACCGAGG